AUGGAUCACGAGCAUCAGCACGCCGCUUCGGGAGAAUGGUCCAACUCGCUGUUUAGCUGCGGGCCUUGCAGCCUCUGCCUGCUCGGCUGCUGCAUUCCCUGCAUUCCUUUCGGCCGUAGUAUGGAGCGCAUGAAGGACCCCUCGCUGGAGAAGCCCGACAUCGUCAACACGGAAUGCAUGCUCUUUGGCGUCAUUCACUUCUUCACUGGCUGUGCCUGCGUCUACAACCUCCUGAGGCGCAGCGAGAUGCGUGAGACGUACGGGAUUAAGGGUAAUGGCUGCACCGACUGCCUCACCAGCUGCUGCUGCCUCUGCUGUGCCGUUAUCCAGCAGGAGAAGGAGUCCCAGGUCCGAGCACCUCUGAUGCGCCACCAGCAGCCCAUCACGCAGGGCUACCAAGGCCAGAAGGAAGGAAUGAACAUGCCGGCGCCAGUCUACCAGCCUGCCCAGCAGCAGCACCAGCCGAUGGAGCACGGCCAGCAGCCUAUCCAGCCCGUCCAGCCGAUGCAGCCCCAAGAGGGCUAUCCCAGCAAGCAGUAG